CAUUUUAAUAAAGCAUGGCUGGUAAACAAACUGUUGUUGACUCUGUUCUUGCUCAGAAUCAGACCGACGAACCUAAGUUCAAAUCAACCCAUGUGGAGAAUGCCGAAUUAGUAGAAAUAGAUGAAGGCCUUUUAUUAGCGUCAAAUGAAAAUAAAUUAGAUCUAAAAGAAUUCAGGUAACAGAGUUUCAAAAUUAUAUUUAUUGGAUGCUGACACUGAACUGAGUGUCACUGAGUCACGCACGGGCGACUCAAUGAGUGAGAGUGACUUCUCAUCAGUUUAAGUGUUCGUAAGUUAUUAUUUUCGCUACGACUUCACUACACCUGUCCGUAGCGUAGCCAGUCAGUUGGGGAGGAGGUAGUGCCAUUGUCAAUGUAAGUCUCAGUCAAUUGUGAGCCAGCACAUUUACUGUUGAAUGAUAAGGCAGGCUAAUUUUAGUAACUUCUUAAUCUUUUAGUUUACUUGUAACUUAGACUCUCAUCCUCACUGAACUCAUUUACUGAUUCAGGAAAUAAUUUUAACUUCAAAUAAGUAUGGCAGCUCAAGGUAGGGUAAAACCUUGUUAAAUGACAAUACCAAUCAUGUCUUGUGUUUUCCUUUUUCAGGUUAUACUCUACCAUGUAACUUGUGUGACUCAUUUCCUUUUACACAAACUGACCAGCUGAUCCUUGUCUCCCCCCACGCCCAUUUAUUGUGCUUCGCUGAUUCUUAUGAGUAUCAGGAGACUGUUUCACUAAAAUGAAAAAAAGGGAUCAGGGCCUAGUUUAAUUAUUAAAACAGCCUAAACCUAACCCUAUUCUUUAAUGAUAGUGUCACUGUCUGUAUGUUACUGUAAGUGUAAGUGAGCAUAGAAUUUCAGACUCUGACUAGAAUUAGAUUAAGGCAGAUGUUUGGUAGGUGCAGUAGCACCCUAAGCUUCAACUCUCAACAUCCAAUGGGCAAAUGGGUACAGCUAAAUGCUUCCUUCCUCACAAUGACCUGAGCCUAAGCAUAAUUCAUGUGCAGUUAAAUAUGCCAAUAACCUACCUGAUUCCCCACCCCCUCUUUGUUCUCAGUUGCUGGUUUUGACAUACAGCACACCAGAUAUUAUAGACACAUUUUAGAUUAAGUUUUUAUCAAAUGUAAUAUGAUCACCUUAGCGUGUUGUCUGCGAAAGGGAGGGAAUAACUUUGAAUAACAAGUGUAAAAUUUAUUACACAUAACGUAGUUGUGAUUGUUCAUUAAUGUACAGUAUUUCCUAACCUUUUCAAAAAUGACUAAAAUAGAGUUUGAUAGCAAAUAACGAUUAACAAAAUUUGCUUUAAUUUAUUUUACCUCCAGACAAAAACCUGAAGAAAUCCUAAAAAAUCUUGCCAGAGAUGCUACGCAAGUGCUAUUUAAUUCCUUAUGGCAGGUAACUGACAAUUUUAUACAAUUUGACUAUAAAUAUAAUAAAUUCUAAAGUAGUUUAAUUAUGGUUUAAAUUUUUACCCUUUUUUAUUUAUGUAGAUAUAUGUACUAAUAAAUAGUUAAAAUUUUAAACAUUUAAGAUAUACCAUAAUAAAUAUAAGAAAUUUCUCUUUUACAUUAUCUUAGCUGCCAGUUGAAAAAGUUGAGGGCCAUUUUCUCAUUAAGGUAAGCUUUAUUUUGCUCUGACUUGUUAGCUAACAUAAUUGUCAAAAUAAUGAAAUCUAAUUUUUUUUCCUUCUAAAUUUAUGGAUCAUGUUUGAAUUAUAAUAAAUUAUGUUUCCAAAAAUGUGUAGCUUUCUAAAAAAUUUAAAGAGUCAUAAAUAAGUAAAUUUAAUAAUAAUCAUGCAUGCAAUUGUAAUAAAAGACAAUGUUUCAAGGAAACUUAAUCAGGUGCUUAUUUUUCAUAGCUACCAGAAAUCAAGACAUGGUUGCCAAGAGAAAAACCGGUAGGCUGAUGAUAUACAAUUUAAAAAAAAAAUUCUUGGUUAUGGGUGGGAUGUUUUCACUAUACGAUAAUGAUAUUUAGAAUGCAUUUGAAAAAUUAAUAUUUUCAAUUUUGCUUUUAGGUAUAUCAGUAUUUUCAAUAGUACAAUUUUAUUUUAAAGAUCUUAUUCAGUGAAUUUUUUUUAUCCUUCUUUCUUCUCAUUCAGGUUCCUAAGAAAAAAGCAGUCACAAAAUGGCAAGAAUAUGCAAAGGUUAAAGGCAUUUUAAACACGAAAAAGUCUAGAAUGGUUUGGGAUGAAGCUUCAAAGGUACAUUCAACAAAUACUAUAACAAUAUUUAUUAUAAUUAUAACUGCAUUUCCUUUAUUCUACAUAAGAUAAGCUGAAAUGAUUCAUAGAGAUAAGAAUUUUAAGAAAUUUUGCAUUGGUGUUUGAAGCUAAUUAUAUUUUAUUUAAAAUUGACGACUCUAAGCCUUACUGACACCAAUUUUUUCAAUCUUAAUCAGUUCACUUUAAUUAAUUUUAUUAACUACAUUGUAAUCUCUCUUCAAAUAAGAAUAUCAUUUAAAAAGAGCUUAUUGAAAUAGUUUUAUUUUAUCCACUGGCAUGUUUAUUAAUCAUUAUCAGGAGUAUAAACCGCGUUGGGGUUACAAACGAGCUAAUGAUGAUACUAAAGAUUGGCUGAUAGAAGUACCAGUAAAUGCAGGUAAAAUUUUUAUUAUUAUUAUAUAAUAUUAUGUAUACAAUUUAUUUGUAGUUGAAAAAAAACAACAACUUGCCACAUAUUUCAAAUAAACAAAGUCUUAUCUGUUAAUAAUUUCACUACUGAGACACUUUUAACAUUGUAUGUGCAGACCCUAUGGAAGAUCAGUUUGCAAAAAAGAAAACUGCCAAGAAAGAAAGAGUUGCCAAGAAUGAACUACAGCGUUUACGUAACAUUGCAAGGUCACAAAAGUCAAAAGGUAAAUACGAUAGUAAUUUGUCACAAAAUUAAUAUUCCAGCUUCUCAUGAGCACCAUGUUUUGAUAAAUAAUCUUAUAUAACAAUAGUUUACAUUGUUUUUAAAGCUCACACUCUUACCGUUAAAUAUUAAUAUAUAGUUCGCUGCAUUCUGUUCACCAUUAAACUCAAGCUACAUUAUGUUUCAAUAAUGCCUUUCACUCAUCAGAAAAGCAAAUUAAUACAUUUUGUAACUUAAUUAGCUCCAGUGUUGAUUAUUUAAAAAGUCUAUAUGCAUUUGUAUUAUGACUUGGUUUUUAAGCUUUAACAUUCAGCCUAUGCAUGACAACAAACUUUAUUUUUUAUCAGUACCAGGAGUUGGGCUCACCCCUACUGAGCAGCCUAGCAAAGAACAUUUGGAGAAAGCCCUUGCAAUUGCCCAUAAAUCAACAGCUUCAAUAGGCAAAUUUACAGAUAGAUUGCCAAAAGAGAAGCCAUCAAAAUAUACAGGCAAAAAAAGAAAGGUAUAAUUUGAAUGGGAAUCUUUCAUAGUUUUCUCAACAUAUACAUUUUAUUCUUAUUUAGUACCGUACUGCAAUGCCUAAGCCCAGUGGUUCCCACAUGGGCACUGCUGCUUCUUGACACGGGUGCUCAAAGUUUUCAUAAUCAUUAAUUUAAUUUAAUGAGACAGGAUGCAACAUCUAGAACUUAAUAAUUGCUUUCACAAGCCUCUACAAAUAGUAACUGGAUGGUGCUCUAAAAUUUAGUUAACUAGCCGUUUGAGUAAUUUCUCAAAAUUUCUUGGUCUCAUGCAGUCUUAGCUUGACAUAUGACGCCUUGAGAAAAACCUGGAUUAAGCAAGGGCAAAGGGAAUCAAAGAGGUUAUGGAACAAUAGCCUUAGCUGACCGGUUUAAAAAGUAUUUUAAUAAUUUUAGCGUAGAAGCUAAACUAAUAUUAAAGAAUAGGGGUGUGCCGGAUCCGUUUUUUCCAACCGGAUCCGGAUUUUCUUAUGCGAAAUCCGCCGGAUCCGGAUUCCGGUUUCUCCCGGAUUCCGGAUUUUGGUACUAUUGGUAGAUACUUCGGUAAGUCAAGGUGGACUACUACUUUUUGUGUAUGGGAAUUCGCAAUCGGCGCCAAAAAAUCCGAGUUUUUAAUUUUCCGAUGUGUGUGUCUAUUUAUUAUUAAAUUAGUACUUUCGAUAUAUAUUUGAGUUCCGUUCCAUUUGGAUAAGUGUCUUACGAGAGACGCCAUGUUUCUACGCGUUCGCAGCAGGUUAUGCAGCUCGCUCAACCUAAUUUCGCCAUGGGGUUGGCCACGCCCCCCUUUUUAAUGGCGGAAGUUGACGAUACUUAGGAAAUAUUAAUUUAUUAUCACUAUUUACAUCAAAAUAAUUGAUAACUUGUGUUUCAGAAUGCAUUUAAAGACAUUUAAACUGGAAUGUUUUAAUUUGAGCUUUAACAACCCGGUAGAAUCCAUAUUAUAAAUGAUCAGAAUUUACCGUGUGCAACACGUUGUCAUUGGCAACCAUUCACAGCCACUUGCAUAACUGUAUCGUAGUACUACCUCAGAGUUUCAUUCAUAAGAGUUUGCCGUGUGCAAAAACUAUUAAACCAUUGGUCAGGGAAAGCUUUAAUUAAUUAUUCAUGUGCCAAAGUUGAAAGUUUAAACUAAGUCUAAACAGUAUUUUAGUGAUAAGGCAGGGAAUGCGUUGCCUUAUAUAAACUAUAUAGUCAUUGCGCAUGACGGGAUUGGUGGAAUGAGAUCACAGAAUGUGGAGAUGCAGUCCAUGUUAAAAAAUGACAAACCAAGUCGUACUUUAAAAAUUCAUAACUUUAAAACUACAACAGCUAAAAAUAUGAUUUUGGUGUUAUAAUUCUUUAAAAAAUUACAUCUUUUCAACUAUGCCAUUGGUUUAUUUUUACAAAAAGUUUAAAUUUUCUUAUCAAAGUCCCUACACUAUUGGCCACUAUUAGCGGUGCUGACUCUAGCCUCUGGUAUGUACGGAAUAUUAAACAUUAAACAAGCUCAACGCUCGAAACAAUCGAUUAAUGUAUCGUGAUCGUGUGAAAUUCGGGAAAGAGAAUUACUUUUAUUUCAGAUUAUGAUCCGGUGAGUCACAAAAUCUGGCAAAUUCCGAAAUCCGGUAUAUUCCGGAAUCCGGUUGUUCCGGAUACAUGUAAAUCCGGCGGAACCGGAUUUCACCGGAUAGUGCAAAAUCCGGCGGAACCGGAUUCCGGACCGGGGUCCGGCACACCCCUAUUAAAGAACAUUUUUUUUUUAUCUGACCUGCAUGUUCGUUUUAAAAGAAAAAAGUGAAAUAAAUUAUUUUCUCAUUUCUGAAGCUAGUUUUUGGAUUCUAAUUCUUAUGGUACACUUAUAUCUACAGUUUGAGCCAUCCAUUGGGAAUCUUAAAUCGGAGAAAGAAAAACAGUUGAAAAUUCUUGACAUUCAUUCAAAGAAGAUUCCUAAAAUAGAUGUCACAAAAGCAGCAAACAGGGCACUAAGACAAGAAGAAGAAGAAAGGUAAAUUACUGAAUGCAACCAUGUGAAACAUAUUGAGAAUUUGUUUAAUUUUGUCAUUUUUAAGCACCUUAAAAAUAAAUUGUACAUCUGUUAAGAAUCCUAUAAAGAAAGUAACCUUAAAAUUUUUUUUUUUUUUUUUGGUUCAUAUUAUUCACAGGUAUCUGUAUCCUUGCAUUAAAUUUCAGUAGUAUAGUUUAAUAGUAAAACGAUUUCUCAGAUGUAAUGUAGUCAAAAUAAUUUCUUUUCAGAUCAAAAGCUGCAGAGAAAAAGAGCAGAAAAACACCCAAGAAACAGCGUGGGAAAAAGGCUUCUUUAGGGUUGGGUAAAAGUGGUGGGAAAAUAAGAAAAGGUGGGGGAAACAAGAAAACUAGAGGCAAGAGGAGGAUGUAAAUGCAACAAUGUUUAAAGUUUGAUUCAGCAAUAAAAAAUAUAUCUUAAUAAUUCGUAGGUGUUCGAAGACAUUUAUUUUUAGUUGUUUAAGUUGGAAGAGAGUGGCUACCACUUUUCUAGAAAAUUGAAUGAGUAGGUCUCCAUCUUGUUACCGUAAUUUCAGUAUUAAGAAAAAAAUACAUACAUUUAUUUAUAUUUUACUUUGCAUCAUAAUUCAAGUUCUCUUUAUUGUUAAGAGGAGAGUUUUCAAAACAAGCAAGGUACAGUUUGUA